AUGAGCAAUCCCAUAGAAAACAUGCUCCAGACGGGGUAUUUCACCACGUCAAGAGCCAAGCAUGGGCAUUCAGCGUCUGUCGAUUCCCCGCUGCGUCCUGUGCGCUUAUCCACGCCACCAGAGCCGCCUAUAUCUCGCCUCGCACCGCGAUAUUACGACGACAUUCCAUAUCGCCGCAGCUCAAACCCACCCCCACCCACUGUCGAAGAUGAGGUUGAUUCCCUUGCAAAGGAAUUUGGUAGCUGCCUCAAGCCUGUGGCCGAUGAAGAGCCGCAGGCAAGGGGGGAAGUUGACCAAAUGCCAGUCAUGGAAGAAGUUUUUGAAUACAAUCCAGAGCGUCGCUUUGUGAUAGUGCCAGGCGCAACUCCGUCAAGCGCACCCGAAAGCGAGACUGAGCGUCGCUUUGUUAUAGUACCAGGCGCGACUCCGUCAAGCGUACCCGGAAGCGAGGCUGAGGACAAGGCUUCCAAAGAUAAAGAUAAAUUUCGGCAGAAGAAGAAGGCGCCGAUAUCUACGUCUUCUUCACCAGAAGCACAAAAUAGAAGAAAGAUUAACGAAGCCGAGAACGUGAAAUCCAAUCGUCUUAGCGCCUCUAUUCCUCAGCUAGAGAGGCGGGGAAGCAGACAAGACCUGCCUCGGCUGGAGACAGACGUGAACGAGAACCGGACACCAAGCCAUCAUCGAAGCAAAUCUGCCGUUAAUGCCCCCCGCCCGGAGUUCACGCAGACCUCUCGCAAAUAUGGGGAGGAAUAUCUUUCGCCGCAAGUGACAAAACAUGGAUCGAUUGGCCGGGACAAGACCUACAAUGGAUAUGGCAAACCGCCUACCCAUAGUAGCGCUAGCCUGGGCGAAGCAAGCGAGAGCAGAAGAGACGAAGACAGGUAUCAUAAACGAAGCGCAACAGCGACGAUGGAGGGACGACCGAACUCAAGUUUUGAGCCCUUGUCAAGGCCUAUGUCACACGAUCGAGUCAACGGAUCUCGUCCUCCAGACAGCAAUCGACCCCUUCGAGAUGACCUCCUGAGAGAUACUUAUGCUUCACAUAAGCCAUCCGUAAACGAAACCUUGAGAGCUCCAUCGCCAUCCAAAUUCAAGGAUCAAAAUUCUCCGCGGAACGAAACCUUCAGCAGCUCUUAUAGAAGAGGAAGCCCGGUUAUCAUUGAUGACGACGACCAUGCAUCUGUUGCAUCAUCACGCAGAGGUGGCACUAGUGGCCGAAAUUCUCGCUCUCCUUCUAGAGUUCCAACGAUGCCAAUUUCGUCGGCGAACUCAUUAGGGUUGCCAGAGGAUUGGGUGCCUAAUCGCCGCAUGUCAACUACUUUCCCGCUCAAUCAAGAGAAGAAGCUCCAAGGCGACCGAACGCCCCCAGUAAUUAACCUUCCAUAUCCAGAUGAUGACGAUGCGAUUGUUGCUUGGCCAGAGGAGUCAGCAGGAAUUGAAGCUGCGCGGCAAUCACGGGCAGAUACUGCAUCGCCUGUUCUGAUGCCACCAAUUCCUCGGAUUGACGAUGAUCACGUGGCACCAGACGAGAAAAUCAUCAAGUCUCCAACAUAUAAAGAGCCAUCUGUGACAACGAAAGCGUGGCAGCCACCUCCAUUUGAUCCAAAUAAAUCCGCAGUGCGUCCUGACCAAACAGUUGGAUUUUACCGGCGCUACUCUGAGACUAGAGGUCAUGAUGAGCAGUCAGAUUUUCCAAACAUCCCAGAAUGCAAGCGCAAAGAACCUGUAGCCGGGAAGAUGGAUUGGCUUACGCUCCCCAGGACAGAGUUCAAUAUCUGCCCUGAUUGUUAUGGCCAUGUGUUUGCAGACACCCAGUACCGAACUCACUUCCAUCCAGUCCUACGGCCAACAGGCAACGCAAUUGCGUGCGAUUUUGGUUCAUCGCCUUGGUAUCAGAUAGCUUGGCUGCUCACGCUGAAACAUAAGGUGCCCGACCUGCAGCUAUUUCAUCAUCUUGCGAGGGUCAUGUUCGAUUCUCGCGACUAUCCGUGCCCCGUCGAACGCAAAGUAACGCGGGUUUGGUACACCGUAAAGGACCCGUAUACAAGGCGGCCGGUGCCCGAAUUUGCAGUAUGCUAUCAGUGUGCGAAGACGGUGGAGACUCUAUUCCCGAAUCUUACAGGGGUCUUCAUUCCGCUCGAUCCCCGGAAUGAGCCAUCGAGAAACAGUUGCUCUCUACAAUAUACGCCUCAGCGGAAACAAUUCGUGCUGUUCUUCGAUGCUUUUGAAACCACAUCGGACAAGAGCUAUGUGACUAACCGGAAGGUAGACGUCGGCGACCUUUCCAUGAUGCUUACGCGAUUGAGCACUCUGAAUGAGUGUCGCGAGGACCGCCGCGUGAGCGAAGGAUACUGGUACGUGAUGGAGUAUCUACCGGAUUUUACGGUCUGCGGGGAAUGCUAUGAAGACGUCGUUCGGCCUCAGCGCGCAGAAGACAAUGUGAUUGCUCAGAAUUUCUAUUUGAAGCCGACCAAGCUGCCCAUUGCAACGUGCCAGCUCUAUUCGGCUAGGAUGAGAGAUGUUUUCAAGAGAGCUUGCAGGAACAAUGAUCCGCAGUACCUAGAGGAAAAGGCUCGAGAGAGGUUGAAGAUUGAGAAGGACGUACACAGCAAGUUUCUCAGCCUAGUAAGAGAUGGACGCAACACCGCAUGGACGGACGAACAGAUUGAUAAACUUAGCAGAGAGUGGAAGAGAUGGGAAUAA